AUGAACUAUUCAAGAUUUAAAGUUUAUGACCAUAACAUCAGAUGUAUACCUUCCAGUCUGAUGCAAGGCGAGGCAUCUUGGAAUGAAAGAAAAAAGAACUGCCUUUCUAGUAUGCAGUUUUUUGCUGACAACGAUACCUUCAUCUGUCUUCAGGAGGUUAUUCAUGGGCAGCUAAUGGACAUUGCAAGAGAUCUAGGCAAUGAUUGGGGCUACAUUGGAGUUGGAAGGGAUGAUGGCUAUACAAGAGGAGAAUAUAAUCCAAUUUUCUACUGCAGAAGUAGCUGGGGAGUUGUGGAAAGCAAAAACUACUGGCUCAGCCCAACACCAGAGAAACCCAGCAAUGGAUGGGGGGCAGAUUUGAACAGGGUUCUAACUCAUGCAAGAUUCAGACAUAAAAAAAAAUAUUACAUGGUGAAUGUGCUCAAUACACACUUUGACCACUUGAGUGUUUUAGCUCGCACUAACUCAGCUCAUCAAGUCAUUGAUGUUGCAAAUAGCAUUACCUGUGAGCCAGUUGUAGUCACUGGUGACUUCAAUGCUCCCCCCGAAGAAGAGUGUUAUAAAAUCAUUUCAGAGGCACUGUAUGAUGCAUCUUUGACGAGUAAGAUCAAAUACGGCCCCGAAGUUACAUAUGUGGGCUUUGACGACUCUUAUGAUCAGGGGUUGAUUGACUACAUUUGGACCAACAAGAAGACCGUUGUGACCAGAUUUGGGGUUUUGCCGUGUUCCAUGGGCGGUCCCUACUUCAGCGACCAUUGUCCGCUACUCGCAGAGUUUGAGACAGGGAAUACUAUGUAG